AUGGAUUUUGCUGAACUGCAAGCUCUAAGCAGGCUCCCUGCAAGUCGGGAGGACUUGAUAGAUCUCUUUGGAAAUGUCGUUGCCGCCGACAAGUUCUUCUCGAUUCAGGGCUGCUUCUGUGUCAUUGUACUACGCAAGGGGGAAGAAGUAUGCAUCUCAGAUGCUUCGACGCGGCGCUUGCCCUACUUGGAGGAGCAGCCGUUGAACAAGGGUGCCUAUGGCAAGGUGUCCCGCGUUGUGGUGGCAAAAGGGCAUUUCUUCGAUCCGAAGCCGGUAACCGAGGGGUUUGAGUACAAUGUUCGGGAUCUAGAGAUGGCACGCAAGGAUUACGAGAUCAAUAACAAAAACUUCCCACGCGCUGGACAGGAAGAGCGCGAAAUCAUGGACAAGAUCCUCGGCGGCUCCCUGCGCAGUGGCCGUUGUGAAAACAUUGUCGAUAAUUGGGGUAGCCUAGAGAUCGCCCCUGACACUUAUAGCCUCUUCAUGCCGAAGGCUAUUUGUGAUCUACGUGCCUAUAUGACCGAACACCACGCGUUGCCUCCUGCCACGAGCGGGGCUAAGGCUGAGUUCAUUGCGUGCGCGGCAGGCUUGGCCUCUGGCCUCGCGUUUCUGCACGGUGGCAUGAAGACGCAGGAAUUCGAAGACAUGGUCUGCUAUCACAUGGAUCUCAAGCCUGACAAUGUGCUCAUCUUCCACGAGGGUGGGCGCUAUGUAUGGAAGCUUAGCGAUUUCGGCAUGGCACGAGUCAAGAUUCGUCGUCGCGGUCCGGGAGGCUACGAGCGCGAGCGAGACUUUAACAGCUGGUUCAGACGAAGAUGGCAUCAACAGCAGCCCGCCGACCCGUCUUUGUCGGCGACAGUAAACCGUCGAGCCGAGGGCACAUACCAGCCACCAGAGUCGGUCUCUCAAGAGCGCAAGAUGACUACCAAGAGCGAUGUGUGGUCACUAGGUGAAGAUGUUGCUCGAUGGGCUAGAAAAUGGACCUUUGGAAACUGA